CACCACUGGAGUCGUCCACAAACCGCCCGCGAAGCGUAGGGACAGUCCUGUAUUUAUUACCUUCUUACCAGCAACCAUCCAGAGCUCGCGAGGAAAAGUCGUCAACAUUCUGCACGAAAAGGAUGGCUGCUCCACAGAAGAAACCCCUCCCCUUCGUCGCCAACUUCACGGCAGGAGCUAUUGCUGGUAUCUCAGAAAUCCUCACUUUUUACCCUCUCGAUGUCGUGAAAACGCGUAUGCAACUGGAGACGGGCAAGUCGCAACAUGGUCUCGUCGGUAGCUUCCGUGCCAUUAUUCGGGAAGAAGGGUGCGCAGCAAUACUGAUCACACGAAGUCUCGUUCCCCCUUUGUUGCUCGAGGCACCAAAGCGUGCGACGAAGUUCGCUGCAAAUGGUUUCUGGGGCAAGACGUACCUCAAGCUCACGGGCGAGGCGAAGAUGAACCAAUCGUUGUCUAUCCUCACUGGCUGCACCGCAGGUGCGACGGAGAGUUUCGUCGUCGUCCCGUUCGAACUCGUCAAAAUCAAGCUUCAAGACAAACUUAGCACGUACUCGGGUCCGAUGGACGUCGUGAGAAAGGUCAUCCAAAAGGAAGGUGUGCUGGGGAUGUACUCGGGCAUGGAGGCGACGUUCUGGAGGCAUUUGUGGUGGAACGGCGGCUAUUUUGGAUGCAUUUUCCAAGUACGCGCAUUGCUCCCUAAGCCAGAAAGCCCUAAGGCUCAUCUCAUGAGCGACCUGAUUGCGGGCUCUGUUGGUGGUUUGUCGGACCGCAAUAAACACUCCGUUGUCAAAUCUCGUAUCCAAGGCGCGACUCGGGUCCCUGGCGUGGCCCCCAAGUAUAACUGGACAUACCCUGCCGGCGCUGUACAAGGUUUCGUCCCGAAGGUGCUUCGGUUGGCGCCAGGCGGUGGUGUCCUCCUGCUCGUGGUCGAGGUAACGCUAGGAUUAUUCCGACAGAUGCUUGGCCCGCCGUACAUCUGAGUACGACAGUGACAAGACGCAAUACGAACUCAUCGGGCCGUCCGGCUCCUACUUGCAUACUUCCAUACCAUUGUGUUCGAAAGCAACACGAAGGGCGUGCCACAGCACGAUUUGUUUGGAGGAUUUGCUUGACAUCUAUUCCAUACAUCUACAUCACUUUCGUCUUUCCCUCCUAUGCGCCACGUUCAUACAUUCAGCUCCGCCUUCCCACCCGCCUGCACGCUCUCGCGGAGCUCCUCAUCAUCAAGUGCCGGUGCGACCCACUCCUUCAGGAAUGUGUCCACCUGCUCCGGUGCGCGCCCAAUGAAGCUUUUCGGGUCGAGCAGCUCAUCGAGCUGGCCCUUGAUCGGGUC